AAUAUAAGUGAACGGAGCGGACGGUCGCUUGUUGGUGGCGUGACAAAUCUUUUAAAAGAGUUCUGACUUCUUGUUUUUAGUGCAUUUUAUUUGGUUUUGCCCCAGAACUUCGUAAAAACCAUCGUGAUUUAGUUGGCAUCUCGUUCACGGCUUUGGACGUUCUCAGACAUGUCUACCGGCUUACAGCUCCUUGGAACUACACUUGGCGUUCUCGGCUGGCUGGGCAUCAUCAUAUCGUGUGCUCUUCCUCUAUGGCGUGUAACCGCUUUUAUUGGGAACAACAUUGUGACGGCGCAGAUUAUGUGGGAAGGCUUGUGGAUGAGCUGUGUGGUGCAGAGCACUGGCCAAAUGCAGUGUAAAGUGUACGACUCCAUGCUGGCUCUUUCUCAAGACCUACAGGCCUCUCGAGCAAUCCUUGUUAUCGCUUCCCUUGUUGGUUUAAUAGCCAUAUUUGCCAGCUGUGCAGGUGGUAAAUGUACUAACUGCUUGGCAGAUGGUUUUGCGAAGGCCCGGGUUGCUGUAGCAGGAGGGGCAUUCUUUAUCACUGCCGGGGUCUUGGGUUUGGUGCCAUCCAGUUGGACCGCCCAUCAGGUCAUAGGGGACUUCUACAAUCCUCUAGUCGCCCAAGCUCAGAAGAGGGAGUUGGGAGCAGCUAUCUUUAUCUGUUGGGGGGCAGCGGUUCUCAUGCUGAUCGGCGGAGGACUACUGUGCAGCUCUUGCCCAAAAGGAAGAACGUCCCGUGGGGGGCGGUAUAUGGCAGCUUCACAAAAUGGAAAGGAGCGUUUGGAGUAUGUGUGACUGCAGGAUGUCUGACCCUUCUGAGAACUGAUUUAAGUGUUUUUAUCUUUUUAAAUGUCUGUUUGUGUGGCGUUUUGUUUGUGACGGAAUUUCAACCUGUUGCAGAAUUGCUGUUGAGCUAAUAAAAUACCACUUUUAUCCAA